AUCUUACUUUUGUUGUGGGCCUCCCUUUCUCUCUCUCUUUCCUGACCUAUUCUCUCUCUCUCUCUCUCUGUGUUCGCGUCGGCUUUAGGUCUUCUCCGGGAGGUACUUUCGAAACCCAAUUAACGCCGGGAGACAACAACGGUGACCCUCUUAUCCUUUGCCCUUUCACCCACCAAGUGGAAGCCAAUGAGAAAAUGCUCCUUAAUCUUAACGUUCUAGAGAUCCAUCAAGCUACCUUUGUUUCUCACCAUCGCCACCGCCAUGUCAAGAUUUUUCAUCUAUAGACUCGUUGGCAAACACACUCAAUCUCUUUUCUCUAACCACAAAGAGACAAGAUCCCAAUGGGGAAGCUUUAAAACUGCUCUGAGGUCUCCUCAGUUCAGAGUUCACUCUUCCUCCGCUGGUUAUUGUACAACCGUCUCUGCGAGAAAUGUAGUUACUCAUACUCACCAUGCUCAAGUUGCUUGGAACAGGCUCCUUCACCGACAAUGGAACUUACCUCGUAUCAACACCAUUGCUCAAGCCUUCUGCUUGUCUCUCUCCCUUCGUUCACACCUCUUAAUACCCGGCAUCGCAGCCGUCACUUGUGGAAAGCUAGCGUGGGCGCAGAAGAAGAGAGCUCCCCCCUUAGAUCCAUACCCUUCUCAUAAAUCACUCUACACAAGAGCAAAGAACGGUCCCAUCUUUAUAACCUCGCUGAUACUUUCCCUUAUAGAGUUCUUCAUUUUAAUCGGGAGAGCUUUCUACAUAUCUUGUUUGUUUACUCCUAGUAUCUUGAUGGGCCUAGUCGUCGAGCUAUGCGGGCCUCGGUUCAGGAAACUAUGGCUAGAGACGGUCCACCGAACUCUCGAGAGAGCGGGUCCCGCUUUCAUCAAAUGGGGUCAAUGGGCAGCUACUAGACCAGACCUCUUCCCCAAGGAUCUCUGCACGCAGCUCUCUAAGCUUCACAGCGACGCUCCUCAGCAUAGCUUCGCCUACACUAAGAAGACCAUAGAGAAAGCCUUUGGCCGUAAGCUCUCGGAGAUAUUCGAGGAGUUUGAAGAGGCUCCAUUGGCGUCAGGGAGCAUUGCUCAAGUCCAUAGAGCUUCUCUGAGGUUUCAGUAUCCAGGACAGAAGUCAAAGUCUUCUCUGGUUGCUGUUAAAGUUAGGCAUCCAGGCGUUGGUGAAUCUAUUAGAAGAGAUUUUGUGAUAAUCAAUUUCGUGGCGAGGGUGUCUACUUUGGUCCCGGCUUUGAAGUGGCUGAGGCUGGACGAGAGUGUGCAGCAGUUUGGUGUGUUUAUGCUCUCUCAAGUCGAUCUCGCAAGAGAAGCUUCUCAUUUGAGUAGGUUUAUAUACAACUUCAGGAGAUGGAAAGAUGUUUCUUUCCCUAAACCUGUGUAUCCUCUCGUUCACCCUGCGGUUUUGGUUGAGACGUAUGAGCAUGGAGAGAGCGUGGCGGGUUAUGUUGACGGCAUGGAGGGACAUGAGUGGAUCAAGACUAGGUUGGCUCAUAUUGGGACUCAUGCUCUCUUGAAGAUGCUCCUGGUUGAUAACUUUAUUCACGCUGACAUGCAUCCGGGGAAUAUUCUUGUUCGGAAGAAGGCUUCUCGUGGAGUGUUCAAGACGAAGAAGCCGCACAUUGUUUUCCUUGAUGUGGGAAUGACUGCAGAGCUCUCUAAGAAUGAUAGAGAGAACUUACUUGAUUUUUUCAAGGCGGUUGCGCUUAGAGAUGGCAGGACUGCUGCUGAGAGGACGCUUAAGUUGUCAAGGAAGCAGAAUUGUCCUAAUCCAGAGGCUUUCAUUGAGGAAGUGGAAGAAGCGUUCAAAUUCUGGGGAACUCCUGAGGGAGAUUUAGUGCAUCCAGCAGAUUGCAUGCAUGAGUUACUUGAGAAAGUAAGACGUCAUAGAGUUAAUAUUGACGGGAAUGUGUGCACUGUGAUGGUCACAACAUUAGUUCUCGAGGGUUGGCAAAGGAAACUUGAUCCAGGAUACGAUGUGAUGCACACGCUGCAAACAAUGGUGUUGAAAACCGACUGGGCUAAGUCUCUUUCUUACACGGUGGAUGGUCUGAUGGCACCGUAGGAGAAGAAAGGUUUCCAUCUUUUUUUAAAGUUUUGUUUGUCAUCAUAAUAGGAGUCGACAAAUUUUACAAAUCUUAGAUGAGGGAACAUAGAAAGAAAGUAUAUGUUCUUGAUGGUCUUGUUUAUUUCUCUAUUAUUAUUUUUUUCUUCUUCUUUUUGUUGUUAAGGAUUUUGGUUCAUUCUAACUACAUAGAUUGUAUUUAAGCGGUCGGUUACCUGUAUUAACCGCCCGUUUGUUCUCUGAACUGAAGAACAGUGAACAUAAAACAAUGAAAACUUCUGCCUGAGAAUGAUGGUGCAAAGAAUUUGAAUAAAGUGUUCUCUUUGUAUA